GGCAGGAGGGGGCCGAGAACGCGCAAGCGCCGCGGCUCGAGACCCGACGCUGGCUGCGGCUGGCUCAGCCAGGCCCUCUCGGAGCCGGCGGCCCCGGCGUGCGUUUCGGCCCCUCCACGACUCCGCCUCCCUGCCUGUCUGCUCCUCCUCCUCCGGCCCUUGCGAAGCGGCCGAGCAGAGCCACAGAGGCCUUGUGGCGCGUCGACUGCCCACCCGGCCAGGCAGGCCUCUCGCUCGCUCUCCCGCGAUGGCGGCGCGGCCGCUGCCUCUGGUGGUCAUCCUGGGCGCGACGGGCACCGGCAAGUCCCGGCUGGCGCUGCAGUUGGGCCUCCGGCUGGGCGGCGAGAUCAUCAGCGCGGACUCCAUGCAGGUCUACCAGGGUCUGGACAUAAUCACCAACAAAGCUUCCCCUCAGGAGCAGGGGCUGUGCAAGCAUCACAUGAUCAGCUUCGUGGACCCCUUGGUCACCAACUACACUGUGGUGGACUUCAGGAACAAGGCCACAACCCUCAUUGAAGACAUCUUUGCCUGCAAGAAGAUCCCGAUUGUGGUUGGAGGGACCAACUAUUACAUUGAGUCCCUGCUCCGGAAAGUUCUGAUCGACACUGAGGAGGUCGCCAGGCAUUCAGGCUUGGCCGAGGGAACUACUGAUCGGAAAGUUGAACUGGAGAAACUGGAUUGCCAAGAGCUCCAUUGCCGACUGAGCCAGGUGGACCCCAGAAUGGCAGCCAAACUGCAUCCUCAUGAUAAACGCAAAGUGGCCAGGAGUUUGCAAGUGUUUGAAGAAACUGGCAUCCCCCACAGUGAGCUCCUGCAACAGCAGCAGGAGGAAGAAGGGGGAGGGCCCUUGGGGGGCCCCCUGAAGUACCCCAACCCUUGCAUCUUAUGGCUUUAUGCUGAACAGGCAGUUCUAGAAGAACGGUUGGACAAGCGUGUCGAUGAGAUGCUGGAGACCGGUCUGUUGGAAGAGCUGCGAAACUUUCACCGGCGAUAUAACCAGGAGAGGGUGGAUGAGAACAGCCAGGAUUAUCAACAUGGCAUUUUCCAGUCCAUCGGCUUCAAGGAAUUCCACCAGUUCUUGAUAACGGAGGGCAAGUGCUCAGAGGAGAUGAGCCACCAGCUCCUGGACCAAGGAAUUCAGGCCUUGAAGGUAGUGACCAAGAGGUAUGCCAGGAAGCAGAACAAGUGGGUCCGGAACCGCUUCCUGAGGCGUCCAGGUCCAAACGUGCCUCCCGUCUAUGGCUUGGAAGUCUCGGAUCUCUCUCAGUGGGAAGAGGAAGUGCUUGAACCGGCUGUCCAGAUUGUGAAGAGCUUCUCGCAGGGGCAGCAGCCACCGGCCGAGCCCAUAAUGAUGGAGGACAAGCUGGAUGAGGACAAGCGGAGUCACCACACCUGUGAGCCGUGCGGCAGAGUCAUCAUCGGGGACAGGGAAUGGAAAGCUCACCUGAAAUCCAAGAACCACCUUUUCCAGCAGAAGAAACUGCGUCGCUUGGCCUCAGCGCCUUGUUCCACAAAGUGCUCCGAUGGCAGUGCAGAGUUUGGUGGGAAGAGCAAAGGAAAGGAGAACAGGAGCAUGGAAGCCUGUGAAAUGUAGACCCAGCUUGGCCUUUGGCCAUCCGGGUGUGUGGUGGAUCCUCUCCUCAUCAAGGAUUUCUAGCUUUAGAAAUGCAAGGCCACCUUUCUCCAGGAGUGAACAGUUCCAUUGUACACAAAGAAUCAAGCUGAUCCAGGUGUGAAUACCAGGGUGACAAUCUACCUCUUUACAAUUUUGUUAAAAAGAUGAAGGCUAUAUUUUUAUAUUCCACUA